AUGGAACAUGCUCUUAUAAUAUGGAUAGAAGAUUGUUUAGAUAAAAAAAUCCCUUUGAGUACAAAUAUUAUUAAACAAAAAGCCCUCAGAGUUUACACACAUUUAAGGAAAGAUGAACUUUCUUCUAAAGAAGAACCAAACCUAUCAUUUUUGGCAAGUAAAGGGUGGUUUGAAAAUUUUAAAAAAAGAUUUUCUUUGCGCAAUGUAAAAUUGCAAGGAGAACAAGCUUCAGCAGAUGUAGAAGCUGCUCAAAAAUUUAUAUUGGAAAUACCGCGAAUUAUUGAAGAGGGAGAGUAUUCAGCAGAUCAAAUUUUCAACGCCGAUGAGUCAGCUUUAUAUUGGAAGAGACUGCCGUCUCGAACUUUUAUUUCAAAAAAUGAGAAGCAAUCACCAGGUUAUAAAACUUGUAAAGAUCGUGUUACCCUUCACAUGUGUAGUAACCUAUCAGGAAAUUUUGUAGUAAAACCAAUGAUAAUAAAUCGUUCUUUGAAUCCCAGAGCAUUGAAAAACGUUGAUAAGUCUCAUCUACCAGUCUUCUGGCGAGCAAAUAAAAAAGGCUGGAUGACGCAAAAUUUGUUUGAAGAUUGUUAUCAGGUAGUUGCUACUACGUCAGAUAACCUUUGUCAUGAUGGAGAAAUAACUAGUGAAGAGGAGUUUCAACCAACCUGGAGAAAAAAAAGAAGAUUAGCUGUAAUUUCUGAUGAGAGUGAUGAUGAAAAUUAA